UUUAUAAGCGCAGGAAAAUAGUGCAAAACGAAAUAAUCACGACCAAGAGCAUCAGAUCUGUUGAUUUAUGAAUUUUUUUCAACAACAAUGCUCCGCUUGUCAUCUGAGAGUUGAGUGCCAAUUCUGCACACUCCUCAAUUAUUCAAAGCAGCGCUGCUCAUAAACUAUGCUGCUAGUGUAUAAAGAGAAGCGCGGCCGAGGCUCUCGUGGACUCAAAUUAAUGGUCACAUAUGCACUUCCGCAAUUUCCACCGCAGUGUCAUUUUACGCAUCGUGCGCAUCGUAAUCUUCCACUUGAGCGCGCCCGAAAGUGCUUCAUUGUCUUGAGAAACAGAAACUCUUCAUCACGGCAAGAAAUAAAAUAAAAAAAUAUGCGAAAAUCUUAAAUUAGAAUAAGAGUAACAUUUUCUCAAUUGGAAGGUACAAUUUCAUUUAAAAAAAUAUUAUUACUUUCAUGCAGGCAAACAAAUCUACUUGUUGGCGCAUUAUUUCGCGAAACCACCGCAGCACCAUUGUGACGAGGGCACGUUGGUCGGUGCUGCCCCUGCAAAUGAAUGCAAACAUUAUUUUCCACGCACUCACUUUCGCCUUUUCCCGACAGGUGUCCCUGACGGGUACAACCCUUGCCUUGUUGGGCACGCGUGUGCGGUGCCAACCCUCGCGAUCCCUUCUUCCUUUGCGCGAAUCAAUAUGCCACUCGCUCGGAAGCGCUGACCCAAUUCGCGAUUUACUCCCGCGCUUGAUCGACACCUAGUGGAUUUUUUCGCCUCCAUUAACUGAAGGACCAGACACCCGCUUAUCUUAUCAGCGGGGCGAUGUGCAUGUAAUUGCAGUGGCGGCGCCACACGUUGUUAACCCGCGCGAUGCUCUUUUAACCCCUCUUCUCCCAUUGUCACGCGAGUCUUUGAGGGGGCGUAGGGGGUGCCUCUAUCGAUUCAGCGUGGCCCGGGCCGACUUGCGGUGGUGCCUCCAACUAUCCCUUUGUAGUAAUAUCGCACCAUGUCCGAGGAAGGCAAUUUUGACGACGAGCCUGCUGCCUUGUUACCGCCUUGUAAUCAUUAAGAGACGCACACCUUGGUAGUUAUUCUUCUAUUUAUUUGUUUAUUUUUCUUUUUGAUUUUCUUUGUUUUGAUAUUUUAUCAAGGGAUUUUUCCUUUAAUUUCUAUUCGAAUAAAACGUCGUCAAGACUAAAUUUGAGUAGUCGCGUGUGUGCUUGAUUGGAAUCGUGAGAGCGAGACGAGGGUUUUUCUGUGGGCCUGAGGAAAUGAACGGAGGCGCAUGCUUGGCUCACGCGGCACGCAAAAGGUCCCGGGGAUAUCGGCAGCAGUCAGUGAGCGGACACCGCCGGGGUGAAAUGAAAAUCAACAAGUAAUGGAGGGCAAGGAAGGCCUGAAAGAUGACGAGUUGGUGUCGAGCAAUGCGAACCAACGCAACUGGCGGGGCAUCCUCAUCGCCCUCCUGGUCAUCGUGUUCGUGCUCGCCCUCAUCGUCACCUCGGUGGUGCUACUGACGCCGCCCGAUGAGGGGCCACGCGUCAAGGGUCAUCGCUUCAAACUGGCCGACGUGCUCGGACAUGAAUUCCUGCCACUGCGCUUCAACGGCACGUGGGUGUCCGCUCACGAGCUCGUCUACCUGGACCACCACGGCGGCAUCAGCCUGCUCAACGUGCUCAACGCCUCGUCCAAAGUUCUGAUGAACAAUCAGACCUUUAGGAGGCUAAAUUCUGCCAAAUUCACCCUCUCCCCUGACCAUCGGUACAUUCUGCUGGCGCAUAAUGUCCAGAAACUCUUCCGCCACUCGUUUCUUGCCCAGUACACCGUCUACGAUAUAGCCACCACGGAGCUGUUUCCGCUGACACCGACCCCCGAGGACCCGACUCAGCCCUACUUGUUGCACGCAGCAUGGACACCGAAACAGGGCCACGCCUUGGUAAUAGUUUACGACUACGACAUCUACUAUCGGCCGGGCCCUCGAGGAAAUCUGGUGUACCGGGUGACCUCGGACGCCGUCCCAGGGGUGGUCAGCAACGGGGUGCCGGAUUGGGUUUACGAAGAAGAAGUGCUGAACAGUAAUCUGGCGCUGUGGUUUGCCGAGGACGGCCUCCUCAUCUCCUACGCCACAUUCAACGACUCGAGGGUGGAGGAGCUCAAAUUUCCAUGGUUUGGUACGCUCGACGAGUUGAAGCUCUAUCCCGAUAUCCGCAGCCUGCGCUACCCAAAGCCCGACACUCCUAAUCCAGCGGUCACUCUGUGGGUGGCGGAUUUGGCCGACCCAAAGAAUAUUCGCAAGAGAGACCUCAAGCCACCGUCCGCCCUGGAUGAUGAGGAGUUUUACUUUACUUCCGUCACCUGGGUUAGCCUCACAGAAUUAUCCGUUAUCUGGAUGAACCGAGCGCAAAAUUUCAGCCUUGUGUCCGUUUGCAAGAGUCCGCUGUGGAUGUGUCAAGAGGUGCACCGAGUAUCGAGCGACGGACGCGGUUGGGUGCAAGAACCGCGGGGCCCACCACUUUUUUCCAAAGACAGCACCAGCUUCAUCACCUUAACUCCCGUCCGAGAUGGCGCCGCCGGCCGCUUCAUGCACGUUACCCUGGUGGACACCUCCAAGGGUUUGGCGAUUCCUCUCACCCACGGCCGCUACGACAUUGUCCGAAUCCUGGUGUGGGAUCAUCAGGAGAGCAAAAUCUACUUCCUGGCCGCUCCCGAAGGCCGACCAGGACAACAGCACCUGUGGCGCUUUACUCUGGUGGCCCGUGUGGCCAGCGAACCUGAGUGCUUGACCUGCCCAUACCCUGACGUAACUACCGACUCUGAAUCCGCCUACGGGGACGACUCGGACGAAGACGUGGACCCUGAAGACGCCCUGUCGACCACAACAACCACAACAGCGGCGCCCCGAAAGAGCAAAAAGGGCCGCCCGCCACCUCCUCCGCACCCCAGCACCCUGGUUUGGCGACCCUGUCUUUAUCACACGGCCCUGUUCAGCCCGACCAAGGACUAUGUGGUCGUUGAGUGUCUUGGACCUGGAGUGCCCUUUACGCGUCUCUACACCACUCGAGAGAGCUCGGACGGUCUUCGUUUGAUCGCCACUUUGCAAAACAACACCCGUUUGCAAGAGAAAGCGGCAGGGAUGGCUUUGCCACAAGUCAAGACCUUCCCCGUGCAGAUUUCUGGAGGUUACCACGCCAGGGUGAGACUUCACCUGCCACCGGGCUUGCGAGAGGACGAAAUAACGCAGUACCCGCUCGUACUGCACAUCUACGGAGGCCCAGGCUCGCAACUAGUGACGGAGCGCUGGAAGUUGGAUUGGAACACGUAUCUUGCGUCCAAACGUGACUAUAUUGUAGCCCAAAUUGACGGACGUGGGUCUGGCGGCCAGGGAGAAAAAUUGCUGCACGAAGUUUAUCACCGCUUAGGAACCGUCGAAGUCAAGGACCAGUUAGAAGUCACGGAGUACCUGAGGGACACUUUCCACUUUAUUGAUAAAAGAAGGGUGGCUGUGUGGGGUUGGAGUUACGGCGGCUUUGUGGCCGCGAUGGCCCUGGGAAGAGAGCAGGACAUUUUCCAGUGCGGCAUUUCCGUCGCUCCGGUCACCAAUUGGAAGCUUUACGAUUCCGUGUAUGCGGAGCGCUACAUGGGGUCACCAAACGUGACAGCAAACUACAAAGGGUACGACGAGGCAGACGUGACGAAGCGCGCCGAGCUCUUUCGUGAUAAGAUGUUCUACUUGAUUCACGGCACCGCCGACGAUAAUGUGCACCUGCAGCAAUCGAUGAUGCUGGCCAAGGCGCUGACCGCCAAGGGGGUGCUUUUCCGGCAACAGAUUUACCCCGACGAGAGCCACAACUUGAAUGGUGUCAAGCGCCACCUCUACCGCUCGAUGGCCAAUUUCUUGGACGACUGCUUCCGCAAGCAGAUGCCGCCAGACGCCAAGCCGGGCUUGAAAAAUGACUAGAGUGCCAUAUCCGCAGAAUUUAGCAAUAUAUUCACACACCUACUAAUUAGCAAUAUUAGGGACCAUGGCGAGGAACGCCUGUACAUAUUUCAAUUUAUUGAUCUCAUCGGUUCCUCCUUCCAAUGGCCGCCUCUUUACAUUUAACUACAACUGACAUCUUAACAAUGAUGAAAGAUGGAAAUUAAUAAUUAAAAAUUAUUGCAGAUAAUUGAAUUGUAAGAAAAAUUCUCUUCUCUCUUUGUGAUACUAUUAGAUGAGCAGACGAGCAUUGAUUGUUGUUAAAAUCUCAUUAAAAUAUUGACUAAGGUUGCUGUAGAGAAGCGCACUUGAGAUUAUCUCUUUAAUAAAUCCGA